GGCGUAUUCAAUUUUCAAUCAUCUCGCUCAUGGUCAUGGAAAGUAUAAGUUACGGUACAUUGUGGGUGAAGAGUUAAAAGUUCCAUACACAUAUAUCCUACUGAAUUGUGCUAAAAUCCAACCAUAUUAUGAAAUAUUUGCAAACCUCAUUCAAUCACAAGGUCACACAGACUUGGAUCGUAUUAUCGCCAAAGAUUUUGCAGACUGGUUCAGCGAUUACGUCAAGAAUCCUUACAAUGGAGUGUCCGAUCCUUUUAUAAUAGCACUAGCAUGUGGGUUAAAUUCCCGGGCAAAAGCAUGGCCUGCAUACAUGGUGUAGGUGGCUAUACCUUUCAC